UGAUAUCGCGCAAUCGGACGGUCGGGAGCAGCUCAUCAUCAGAUCACGCCAUCACCGUCCGUUCCACCAGUACCAGUGUACCACCACCUCUUGUCUCCUCUCCUCUUCCUCGGCCUCGUACAAGCAAACGCAGAGAUACAGAUGCCCGCGAAAUUCAAAUCCAAAAACUCCCCACUCUCCCCGCCAUGAACCGUUGCCUCGCCGCGGCAUCGUCUUCUCCGAGGAUCCAAUCUCACCUCUCACAUCUCACCCUUUCCUCACCCCCCCCUCGUCUCCUCCCCCACCAACGCCAAAACCCUAAUCCCCAUUCCGCAUCCCCACUAUUCCCUCCGCCGAUUCCAUUAGAGAAGCUUCUAGAGCACCGCCGAGAGAGAUCCCGCUUCGCCGUCCCAAACACCCUCGAUUCCCCUGCUCGAGAAUCGUAUAUUUGUCGUGAUUCGGCUUAUGAUGAUAUCGUGCACCGCUACCUGCGUUUGGGUAACCACAAUGCGGGCGAAAGCCUCCAACUUGAGCUCAUUAAGAAGGGUUAUGGUGGCGACUUGUUCUUAUCCAACAAUCUGAUCAAUUUGUAUGCUAAAGGUGGCAACUUGGAAUGCGCCCACCAAGUGUUCGCUCGAAUGCCCGAAAGAAAUACUGUGUCAUGGACUUGCUUGAUCACUGGGUACGCUCAAUACGGUUUUACUAAUGAGGCUUGUCGGCUAUUCAAAUCGAUGAUCUCUUGUGGCUACGAGCCGACCCAGUUCACUUUUGGUAGCGCUCUGCGGGCUUGUCAGGAUUCUGGCGUAGGUAACUUGGGCCUCGGAAGCCAAAUUCACGGGCUUAUAAUGAAAAGCUACUAUGCGUUUGAUACUGUAGUAUGUAAUGCGCUUAUAUCGAUGUACGGGAGUUGCUGCUUGGGUUCGGCAGAUCGAGCUCAGUUGGUUUUUGAGACAAUGCCAUUUAAGAAUUCCAUAACGUGGAACUCGAUCAUUUCUGUGCACUCGAAGAGAGGAGACUCAUUUACUACUUUCGAGCUGUUCUCUGAAAUGCAACGUGGCAAUUUGGGGGUCGUGUUGAAGCCAACAGAGUACACCUUUGGCAGUUUGAUCACCGUAACUUAUACUUCCUCUUCAAACUCAUAUCUUCUUGAUCAAGUGUUUGCGCGUGUGUCCAAAUCCGGCUUUUUACGCGAUCUCUAUGUUAGCAGUGCUCUGGUUAGUGCAUUUGCUAGAUUCGGAAUGCUCGAGAAAGCUAAGAAGAUCUUUUUAAGUAUGGAUGAGAAGAAUGCUGUCUCGAUGAAUGGGUUGAUGGUGGGAUUGGUCAAGCAGGGACUUGGCGAAGAAGCCGUGGAGGUUUUCCGGAAACUGAGGGAAUUGGUUCCUGUAAACUCUGAUACUUAUGUUGUAUUACUUAGUGCGUUAGCUGAAUUUUCAGAAUUAGAAGAAGGGAGGAGAAAAGGGAGGGAAGUCCAUGGACUUAUGCUUAGAACCUGUUUAGUUGACUCUAAAAUUGCUGUCAGCAAUGGGUUGGUUAACAUGUACGCAAAAUGUGGUGCAAUUGAUGUUGCCUCUAGGGUUUUCAAUCUCAUGGAUGUGAGAGAUCAAGUCUCGUGGAAUACGAUGAUUUCUGGUCUUGAUCAGAAUGGUCAACUGGAAGAGGCAUUGAUGAAUUAUUGUUUGAUGAAAAAAAAUGGUAUUAGACCAUCAAAUUUUGCUUUAAUUAGUUCAUUGAGUUCUAGUGCAGGCUUGGGAAACUUGUUGGCAGGAACACAGGUACAUUGCGAUACUAUAAAAUUAGGUCUUGAUUCUGAUCUUUCUGUGUCAAAUGCGCUUAUCCAAGUGUAUGGUGAAUGUGGUAACUUAUCUGAGUGCUGGCAAAUUUUCAAUUUGAUGUCUGAACACGAUCAGAUUUCAUGGAACUCCAUGAUCGGAGCACUGGCCAGUUCUCAAGCUUCUCUAGCUGAACCAGUAGAGGUUUUGUUAGAUAUGAUGCGUAGUGGGCCGAGCCCCAAUAGAGUCACAUUCGUAAACCUUCUUGCCGCUUUAUCUCCUCUAUCAGUUGUGGAACUGGGAAAGCAAAUCCAUGCUUUAGUAGUAAAAAAUGGAAUUUCUAAUGACACUGCUGUGGAGAAUGCUCUUAUAACUUGUUAUGCCAAGUCGGGAGAUAUGGAUUCAUGUGAGGAACUGUUUGUUAAAAUGUCAGAUAGAAGAGAUAAUGUGUCAUGGAAUUCGAUGGUUGCUGGCUACAUACAUAACGGGCUUUUGCAGAAAGCAAUGGAUUUCGUCUGGUUCAUGAUGAAUAGUGGUCAAAAGAUGGAUUGCUUCACCUUUGCCACAGUUCUAAGUGCAUGCGCCUCUGUUGCAGCUUUAGAAAGGGGAAUGGAAAUACAUGCUUUUGGUAUAAAGUCUUCUUUAGAAUCUGAUGUUGUAGUAGAUAGUGCUUUAGUCGAUAUGUAUUCCAAGUGUGGAAGGAUAGAUUAUGCUUCUAGGGUUUUUAGCUUCAUGAAUAUUAGGAAUGAGUUCUCGUGGAACUCUAUGAUCUCUGGAUAUGCCCGACACGGGCUCGGAGAGAAAGCUUUGGAGAUAUUCAGAGAAAUGCAGAAUUCAGAUCUAAAACCAGACCAUGUUACUUUUGUUGGGGUUUUAUCUGCCUGUAGUCAUGCUGGGUUGGUGGAAACGGGUUUAGAUUAUUUCGAAUUGAUGAAGCAUAAUAAGUUAGUUCCUAAGAUAGAACAUUAUUCUUGUGUAGUAGAUUUGUUAGGUCGAGCUGGUAAGCUGGAUAAGAUGGAGGAUUUUAUCAAAAGAAUGCCAAUUAAACCUAAUAAUUUUAUAUGGAGGACGGUUCUAGUCACUUGUCGUAGAUCAAAGGGUGGUAUGAACACCAAAUUGGGGAAACAAGCUUCCGACAUGCUUUUGCAAUUAGAACCCCUAAAUGCUGUAAAUUACGUUCUUAUUUCUAAUUUGCACGCAUCCACAGGAAAAUGGGAUGAUGUGGCAAAAGCCCGAAGAGCCAUGAAAGGGGCAGCAAUAAGGAAAGAAGCUGGUUGUAGUUGGGUUACAUUAAGUGAUGGAAUUCAUGUUUUCGUAGCUGGGGACAGAUCACAUCCGGAUACUGAAGAAAUUUAUGCGAAGCUACAAUUUUUGAAUCAAAAGAUGAGAGAUGCUGGCUAUGUUCCUCAAGUAGAGUUUGCUUUGUAUGAUCUUGAAGUGGAGAACAAAGAAGAGUUGUUAAGCUAUCACAGUGAAAAGCUCGCGGUUGCAUUUGUUCUUACUCGCUCUUCUUCGAAGGUGCCCAUAAGGAUCAUGAAGAACCUUAGGGUUUGCGGUGAUUGCCACAUGGCAUUUCGAUACAUUUCUGAUAUUGUGGGGAGGCAAAUUAUUUUACGAGAUUCAAACCGAUUCCAUCACUUUGAGAGUGGAAAAUGCUCAUGUGGGGAUUAUUGGUAAAAAAAGCUUUGAAUUCAUUGGUAAUUUGCCCCAAAGUGCCAUCGUUGAAUUGAAUUCACAAGUCAGAAUCUGGAUCAGAUGAGUGGGAAUUAAUUGCUCUGAAAUUCUAUCACCUGGUUUAACAGUGUGGCAGCCAGUUAAAAAUGUACCAUUAUCUUCUCUACACAGGCAAGAACCAAAUUAGGCUGAACUGAAGUGAACAGCAACCUUAGUUUGCAUUUCAGUUAAAAGUUCAACAGCAUGUGUGAGCACCUGACAGGUAAAUAAGGAUUUGUGGAUGUAUUAAAAGAUCAAAAAUCUGUCAGGGAAUUAUAACCCAUUUUUCUUUUUUUGAAAAACCUUUUUCAUUUACAGCUUUAAGCUGAAAAUGAGAAUAAUUUGUUGUACAAUCUUCAGAUACAUGUAUAUAUAUUUGGAUUUAAUUGUUUUAUGCACAUUCUUUUAAUAAAGCAUCAGUUUCAAUU